GCUGCCGACGCCGGCGUGCAGAUGCCCUACUUUAAUCUUGUGAAGACUUUAACAUCUGCUUUUUCAAAUAGGUAUAGUAUGUCACGGUUCCAUCACACCACGUCGGCCGCGGGCUGUUGUAGUAAAACACGGAGUGGUGAGAAAUACACCGACCCUUUCAAACUCGGCUGGAGAGACUUGAAGGGUCUAUAUGAAGACAUUAGAAAGGAACUAGUCAUCUCUACAGCCGAACUUAAGGAGAUGUCUGAAUACUACUUCGAUGGAAAAGGAAAAGCCUUUCGACCAAUUAUUGUGGUGCUAAUGGCCCGGGCGUGUAAUAUCCAUCAUAAUAACUCCCGAUAUGUAGCAGUGUCCCUGGCCUCCACCCACGAGAAGCCAGUCACACCUCUGGCCAAGUGUCCCCCAGAGACCAAAAUCAUCCCUGCUGUUGACUCCGAAGGCCCCGCUGCACAGACGUGCAUCCUGUCCUUUACACUUCAGCGUCUGCUUCCCAGAGAACCGGCCUGCCACAGAGUUCAGCAGACUAACUGUAGGUCCGGACUUAGUUUAUCAAAGAAACUGGAUCAAAAGUGGGACCCUGUGCCAGAGUCACAGGAAGAGAAGCCUUCAUCUUCAGAUUUGGGCUCUAGACCAUGUAUCUCAUCUAGAAGGAGAACAGGUCGUGAGCCAGGAGGACACUCAGAUGAAUUACCUGGUGAACGACAAAGCGCCGCAGAUCUGCUAGUGUCCCUUUCCUUUGACGAAGGCCCUGCCCUGUGUGCACUGACUGCUGGACGUGAACUUGAUGCAAUGAAGGGCGUCCUCCCCUCCCACCUCAUUGCAGCAGAUGUCGGGCCCUUGAUGAGAACUGGCUUCGUGAAGGUAAAGGGGAAAAUGGCUACAAAAGCCAAAGUAGAAAAUUCAAUGCAAGGAAUAGAGGGCUUUGAUGUCCCUGAUUGUAAAACAACUAGAGUGAAGGAUUCCAGAGAAUCCUCUGCUGAGGAAAAUGAAGAGAAAAUCACACAAGACUCCCAGUCCCAAGAAAGUGAAGGGAUAUAUAUGCAAGCAGGGGUGGGCCCCCCUGUGACCAUCUCUGCGGUGGGGGCCUCUCAGCCUGAGACUGGUCGGCCUUGCACAGGCCUGCCUUCCAGCCUCCUCCCUUUACUGCCUCAGCCAGAAGGACUGUGUGUCCGCCAGCCGUCCCCAGUGCCCAGCCUGGCGAGGGAAGGAUGUAAAAGCCGAGAGAUCCUGAGCCCUCCCGCUGCUAAUGACAGCGAGCGUCCGGCACAGCCGGCCUGCGGGCAGCGGCGGCCUGGGGGGCCUGGGGGGCCUGGGGGCCCUGGGGGUGAAGCGAGAGAGUUUGACGCUGUCCAUCCCCAGGCCUCCACUUCCUCCGCUCGGAGUUGGAGAGAGAGACUGCACACAAUCUCCGGGAACCGAUCCCGUUCCCACGAUGUGCUGAGUCCAUCCGCUGUUCUUGCUGGCGAUUUAAUUCUUUCCGCAGCAUCUAUGGCUCUGGCACGGAUUGGAAAUACAACUGUCAUAUCUAUUUUAACCCAAGUUAUUGAAGAUUUGGUGCGUGGCGAGUUUCUUCAGCUAGGGUCGAAGGAAAAUGAGAACGAGAGGUUCGCACACUACCUUGAGAAGACCUUCAAGAAGACCGCCAGCCUGAUCGCCAACAGUUGUAAAGCAGUCUCUGUCCUCGGGGGCCCUGACCCAGCGGUGCACGAGAUCGCCUACCAGUACGGGAAGAACGUGGGGAUCGCCUUCCAGCUGAUAGACGACGUGUUGGACUUCACCGCGUGUUCGGACCAGAUGGGCAAACCGACGUCCGCGGACCUGAAGCUUGGGCUGGCCACCGGCCCCGUCCUGUUCGCCUGCCAGCAGUUCCCAGAAAUGAAUGCUAUGAUCAUGAGACGGUUCAGCUUCCCGGGAGACGUGGACAGAGCUCGACAGUACGUGUUACAGAGUGACGGCGUGCAGCAGACCACCUACCUCGCCCAGCAGUACUGCCACGAAGCCAUAAGAGAGAUCAGUAAGCUUCGACCGUCCCCUGAAAGAGACGCCCUCAUACAGCUUUCAGAAAUUGUUCUUACAAGGGACAAAUGACAACGCUUUCUGUUAUUUCUGGCAGCUAUUUUACCAGACUGUGCCUAAAGGAUUUUGUGAAAUGUACUUUGCUUCACGUGCAGAUAACCAAAAAUCAUUUAAAGAAAAUCAUUUCAACCUUACUGAUGGGCAAUUUUUUUAUUGGCAGUUUUUCAGAAAACUUUUUAAAUGUAAUUAAACCAUCUGAAUCUGUCACUCUAGUCCUGCAAAUCCUCGUAGAGGUAUCUUGAUGGUUAUAUGUGGUAUUGUUUACACAGUUAAGAUCCACAUGUAAAGCCAUUACACAAAUAAAUAAUGUUAAAAUUCAAA